AUGCAGCGCAAAGCCUGCGAUCAAUGCCACGCCCGGAGGAAGAGAUGCUUAGCCCGUCCAGCAUCCUCUACAUGCACUCGAUGUGAGAAAUCAUCUCUCACCUGCACCAACAGCCGCCAACAGCCGCGCGUAGGACGCCCGCCAAAAGAAGACCGCGGGCUUCCUGGUGCCGCGAAGGCAUCACUGGGGCUGUGGGACUGCACUACACCAAAGCCGAACGAGAUAACGGCCUCAGCCAGCCCGCAGCCGCAGCCGCAGUCCCAGUCCCAGUCCGACGACCUCGACCUCGAGUUCUAUCUCCAGCAUGACAUCUACAUGAUCGGGUCCACAUUCGCAAGUGACUUCCACCGCGCCCUGGAGUACUGCCACAGCCACUCUGCACCGCUCCUAGACGACAUCUUCCACGCCUGCAGCAGCUCGCUGUCCUGGGCCCGGUUCGGCGUGCUGAGCGCUGACCAGGUCGACGUGGCGAGCGGCGCAGCUUCAGUCGAGAAGCUCCGGAAUGCAGUCAUAACACAUACCCAUGACGCCGCUGCGGUUCUGAUGCUCGGCCAGGCACUGGCUGCAUUCGACAGUCUGGUUGCAUCUACAGCGACGAUAUCUAUCCUCCGGUAUGCGCUUUCGCUGGUGCGGCCCUGGUAUCCGGAUCUAUUGGGCAAUAGGGUUCUCGAGUCCGUUGCCAUUGCGCCCAUUUUUUGGGACACGGUGUGGUGUUUAUUACAUCGUGAGAUUCCUAUCGUGAAGCCUGUUUUUGCGCGGGAGGGAAUCGUCGAUAGAGUCGUGGGCCUUUGUGCUUCCCUCCUCCCGAUUCUCUAUGACCUCUGCGUUGUCAGCCAUAGUCUGGCCGAUCCGUCUAUCUCAGAGUCUGAGAUCCAGUCGCAGUACAAAUCCCUCGGCAUGAUCGAGACGAGAAUCCGUUCUUGGGACCCCGAAUCAAUACUAUCAACAUCAGCCUCAUCCCCGUCCACUAAUACCACCUACACACCCCUCGAAACCCUCUCCAUGAAAACCCAAGCAUCCAUGUACCGCACCGCCAUCCUCCUCCUAAUCCACCACAUCCGCCUCUCCUCCCCGCAAACCCAGCCACCAAAGCAUGAAUACGACAACGAAAGCGAAUACGCACCAACCCUCGCAACCGAAAUCCUCACCACGAGAUCCAAAUUCUUCGCCCUCGCCGGUCCGGCGUCCAAACUCCAAAACACGUGCUUCCCGCUCAUCCUCGCCAUGAUGACGAUCCCCGGGAUUCCAACGGAGGGAAUGUGGGAGAGUUCGACGCGGUUGCAGAAGCGGCCUGCCUGUGUGGAGAAGUUGUUUGCCUUUGGGGAGUAUUUCUGGAUGAGGAGGGCGGGGGAGGAGAAGGAGGGUAAGAAGCAGAGUAGUCUUUUCGAGAUUGUCUGUGAUGAAUCGGGGCCUGGGUUUGUGCCGCUUAUGUAG